CAAAUAUUUUGUAGAUUUAAUUUUGUCCCGUCUUAAUAUUUUAACUUUACAUGAUUUUCUCUAUGAAUGAUGUUCAUUUUAUGUGUUGUGCCUACUGACUAAAUAUGAUUAGAUUAUAUUAAUCUAAGUUUCUUCAUAUAAACUAGGUGUUACUCACCAUGGAAGAGAAAAAAGUACAUAUAUGUAGGUUAUGUUUGAAUGUAGUAUCAGAUAACAAUUAUGAGGCUUUAAAAGAAACUCACACUAUACAAAUUCAGUACAUCUUACCCGAUUUGAAUUUGUUAGUAAGUAAUAACCCAGUCCUCUGCGCUCCAUGUACAGAUGCACUACAGGAGUCAUACGAAUUCAAAACCGCUUGUGUUGAAGUGGAGACAUAUUUAGAGAAUUUUAUUAUGCCUUUAAGAAAAGUAGAUUUGAAGGAAGUCGUUGCCAGUAAAAUGUUUUCAGGGGAAGUGAAAAAAGAAAUCACAGAUUUUAACGAAGGGAAGUUGAUAUGUAGGCUUUGCUUAGGAUUCAUAGAAGAUAAGUUAUUUAAGGAAUUCGGUGUGAUAGAAGAGAAUAUACUCCAAAAGUGUGUUCCCGAAGUGGAUUUGACCGUUACUGAAAACCCAGUCUCUUGUGAAAACUGCAUGGGGUAUCUCCAUAGUCAAUUCAAUUUUAUGAUGAGAUGCCUAGACGCAGACGAAACGAUAAAUGGUUAUAUAACGUCACAGGGCUUAACUGUCAGCGAUAAAUUGAAUCUCCAUGAAGUAGUCCAAUUUUCAGUACAAAAUAAUCAAAUGAAUGAAAGUACUGAUUGUGAAAGUGAUUUGAUAGAGUUAGAAAAUAAGAAUUUUGUUCCCUUAAACGAUAGUUUUGGUAUGGACGUUGAUGAUGUCGCCCAUAUGGCACUGGACCCAUUGCUUGAUGGUAUAAGAGAGUUAAGUGAUGUUGGGCUUGAUAUUAGUUGCAAUAAACCAUCCGUGGAUGCAAGGGGUCGUCCCAUCGUUUGGCACAAAUGUGAGGUUUGCCCUUACUCGACAUUUCGAAAAUAUUCACUCCGUAUCCACAUGCUCAUCCACAAAAAGCCGGAGGAAUACACAAUGUACAAAUGCACAAUUUGCCCCCACGAGACCAACAGGAAGAGUAACCUCCUCAUACACCUACUCAAACAUAAGGGUCCCGGAGAGGUAACCAUGCACCAAUGCAAGGAAUGCACCUACGAAACCAGAUUGAGAAGUAAUCUCCUCAAACACCUCCUAGUCCACAAAACGCCGGACGAAGUGAAGAUGCACCAGUGCCCGAACUGUCCGUACAAGAGCAAGCUGAAGGGCAACCUCCUCAUCCACAUGAUCCAGCACAAGAAACCCGAAGAAUUGGUGAUGCACAAGUGCGGCGAGUGUUCGUACCAGACCAAGUUGAAGAACAACCUCCGGAAGCACAUUCUCACCCACCGUGGUCCCAUCGAGAAUGCCCCCGUGUAUAAGUGUAAGGAGUGUAACUAUCAGUCGAGGUGGAAGUCGCACUUGCUGAGGCAUAUGGUGCUGCAUAAUUCGGUGGAGGUGACCUUGCAUAAGUGUGAGCACUGCCCUUACGUAGCCAACCACAAGGACAACCUCAGGAAGCACCUGCUCACUCAUAAGGAUCCCAGUGAGGUUAAGAUGCACAAAUGCGAUUUGUGCGACUUUCAGAGCAAGCGAAAGGACAAAAUCAAGCAGCACAUGUACAACAUGCACAAGUGCACGGCUUGCGAUUUCGAGACCAAAGAGAAAGAGGAGCUGACCAGCCAUUUGAAGACUCAUGUGCUGCCCGAGCAGAGUUUCAAGUGUGACGUUUGCAAUUACGAGGCGAGACAGAAACGCUACCUCCAGAGACAUAAGAAGAUCCACCUCGUGGAAAACCCCGACCAGAUAGUCUGGCAUAAAUGUGAGCUGUGUCCGUACCAAGCCAAGCGGAAAGAUGUCCUCAACAACCACCUUUUAAUCCACAAGGAUCCUAGUCAGGUGGAAAUGCAUCACUGUCCGACUUGCACCUACCAGACGAAGAGGAAGCACAACCUCGUUAUACACCAGAAGAGCCACUGUAAGGGGGACCUGGGGAAGAAACGGUGCAAAGAGGAGCCGGUGAAUUGAGAUACUUGCCAAUUUAUUUAUGUUUUUAAUUAAUUUAUGACUUUUAUAAUGCAGGUAUUUUUUAAAAAUAAUAAAAUA